GGGGCGGAGCGCUGCCUCCCCCGAGCAGCCUUCAUCCUCCCUUCUCCUCCCCUUCUCCCAGCUCCGUAAAAUGGCGGCCCCGGCAGAGCCGUGCGGCCUCAGCGAUGAGGCAGCCUAUGGCGCCUGCUCCGAGCCGGAUCCCAGCACCAAGGACUUUUUGUUUCAGCAGACAAUGUUAAGAGUAAAGGAUCCUAAGAAGUCGCUGGAUUUUUAUACAAGAAUUCUUGGAAUGACACUGCUUCAAAAAUUUGACUUUCCUACUAUGAAGUUCUCGCUGUUUUUCCUGGGGUACGAAGAUAAAAAUGAUAUCCCAAUAGAUAAAACUGAGAGAACAGCUUGGACCUUCUCUAGAAAAGCUACGCUUGAACUGACACACAACUGGGGCACUGAAAAUGAUGAAAAUCAGUCCUAUCACAAUGGUAAUUCGGAUCCUCGAGGAUUUGGGCACAUUGGAAUUGCUGUCCCUGAUGUCAAUAAAGCUUGUAAGAGGUUUGAAGAACUAGGAGUGAAAUUUGUGAAGAAACCAGAUGAUGGUAAAAUGAAAGGACUUGCAUUUGUUCAAGAUCCUGAUGGCUACUGGAUUGAAAUUCUGAAUCCUAGACAUGGUGACUCUCACUUAGAUGCACACUUCUGGUUAACUGGAGUAAAUCUGUAACAGCAUUUGUGGAAUUUCUCACUUAAUGGAGAGAAAUCAACUAUGUUCAGAGUCUCCUCUAAAACUGUCCCCUGGGACCUCAAUGUACUUGAAUUCCCUUUUUGUUUUCCUGUGAUGCCCCUGCAAUUUGCUUCCAACUAGGAAUCUUCAACUGUCUUUUGGAAGAGCACUAGUACAUACUCUGCUCUUGAACAUUGAUUAUGUUAAUAUUUAACUAAACACUCUCAUAAGAUAAAUUACCAGAAAUUCACUUCACUUUACAGUCUUUAGAUUUAAACUAAAAGCAAAAAAAAAAAAAAAAUCCUGCAUUACUGCUGGUGAACUUCAACAAGGAGAAAAAGAAACUUUAAUAAAUUUGUUUAAUGAAGCAAAAGGAUCCUGAAGGCUUCAUGCCGUCUUGUAUGCUAGAAAAUAAAGUAUCUAACUAAC